UGCGCAGGGUUGGCCCAGCAGCCCCAGGCGAACAGCAGGGAUCUCUCUCCUUCCCGCUCUUCCCUGUCUUUCUGCUUCUCUCCCCUUCGACCUCUCCCUCCGCCUCCUCUUCGUCUUCCUUCCUCUACCUCUUCCUCUCUCUCAUCCUCUUCCCCUCCUGCCUUGUCCAGGCGGGGCGCAAGCUUGCCGUGUCCCCCGUGUCCCCGUGGUGAGUGUGGGCUGCCGCCCCCGCAGACGCACCUCUACUGCCUCGCCACACGGUGACUGCGAUGCCACACACAGGCACGGCGACGGCCCAGGGCAGCUCCUGCCGUGACCCCGCUUCUCACCCGGAAGCAAAAGAGCAAAGAGGCCGUGUCCCUUCCUCCUCCGCCGCCACAGGGUGGCCCCCGCUGAGGGCUCUGGCCGCCCUGGCCACAGCUGCGCCGGCGUCUCCCCGCCCCUGCCGUGCUCUCCACGCACCUCAGCUCUGUAGUGACCCGGGAAUGACAGAGCUGAGAGACACCUGCUUCCUUUCCGGGGCCGCACCCACGCUCAUCGGGUGCCACGUCGGCCACCGGGCAGGGACCUGGGGCUCCUUGCCACCCCCACCCCCUCUCAGUGUCGCUGGACCCGGAUGCAGUGACCAUGACAACGGUGGCGGUCACUCGGGAGCUCUUCCAGGCCAGGACAGCUCGUUCCUCAGGCCGUGGCGCUGCCCUGCUCCUGCCCGGCGUGGUCCGGCCCUCGUUCCAUCCCCAGCACUGCAAAGAAGCCUGUGUUUCCUCAUUCAACAUCAAUGUCAUUGCUCAGCUGAGGAAACUGAGUCUCAGAGUGGAAGUGACCCGCCCCAGAUGGCACAGAGAGAGUGGGGCCCGGCUGGGCCCUGCUCCAGGCGCACCUGGCUCUGGACCCCUCACAGCCGCCCUGUCCGCGCCCCCUCGGAGCCGGUCACCAGGACCAGGAGGGUCCAGCUCCCGCCACAACCCAGGUGUUUGUCUCCUCCCGGUGCACGAGGGGUCCUGUCCCUGCCUCCUGCAUAACCGAGGGGGACACACAGGGCAGGAAGUGGCUGCACCACACAGGCGGGGCGUGCAGUGGACGGAGA